CAUCUCCAAGGGAUCGAACGGAAAAAUUAAAAAUAUGAGGGGCCUAGUCGACUUUGUAUAAAAUCCAAAACCUCAGUGACUAAAGCCAAACCGAGCAAGAGGGCUGCUAGGGUUUCUCUCUUCAAAAAGAUUUCAAUCGAGGAAGAAUGUCUCGCGUCUACGUUGGGAACUUGAGUUCUCGAGUUUCGGAGGGGGAGCUCGAAGAUGAGUUUCGCAAUUUCGGAGUUAUAAGAAGUGUGUGGGUUGCAAGGAGGCCACCGGGUUAUGCUUUCGUCGACUUUGAUGACAGCCGAGAUGCCGAGGAUGCCAUUCGUGAACUAGAUGGCAAGAAUGGCUGGAGAGUUGAGCUUUCACACAACUCUAGAGGUGGUGGUGGUGGUGGUGGUCGUGGCGGAGGAGGUCGUGGACGUUCUGGCGGUUCUGAUUUGAAGUGCUACGAGUGUGGUGAGCCAGGUCAUUUUGCUCGUGAAUGCCGUCUGCGUGGUGGUUCUGGAAGGCGUCGUAGCCGCAGCCCACCUAGAUAUCGCAGAAGUCCUAGCUAUGGCAGGAGGAGCUAUAGUCCACGUGGGCGCUCUCCCCCACCCAGACGUCGCAGUUUGACACCACCCCGGGGUGGGCACAGCCGUAGCAGGUCUCCACCAUACCGUGGACGGGACGAGUUGCCAUAUGCAAAUGGUAAUGGCUUGAAGGAUCGACGCAGAAGCAGGAGUUGAGGAUUGGCAUACAAGGCCCUCUGGCUUUGUUUAGAGGAUAUACUGGGAUUAAGUGUUAUGUAGUGUUCUUGGACUUCAGCACAAUUCUGUUUAAUUUGGGGGACGCCCACUGCCUCUGCUCUCUGGAUUUGGUUAAGUUCCUUACUUUCUUAUUUUGAGCUGGUUUUAUUUACCUAAGCAAUAGUUGUAGGCAUGAGGAUCUUAUGAGUAAACUGGUAUCAUAACUUUGUUUAAGAGUGUUUGUUAGAAUGCUGCUAAAAAUCUCUGCUCUUUUUUUCUUUG